AUGGCGUCACCUGCCAACCCGCAUGGACCCCCCGAAUCCACCAUUGCCGGUCAAGUCUCUGGUGAACCUAAACUCGACAAAGUAGACCCCUUCGGGAUCCUCAAGCAGCGGCUGGUCAACAUUGCGAAGGACAAGCACAAGAGGCUGAUCAAGGGUGUCGAAGGUGUCCUUCAAACGUACGCCUCGGGAAUGGAGGCGGACUUGAUAUACAUCGUUAACGAGUACACCACCGUCAAGUGCGAGCUGGAAAAGCUCAACAAUGAGAACACACUCCUCAAGGCCGUCAACGCAACCAUGAGCGAACAAUUAAUUAGCGCCCAGCAUAACAGACAAGGGUCCGGCAGCUCCGCGAAUGACAAGGCCGCGAUCGAGAAUCUGCGACUGGAGCUCGAAAUCACCACACGGGAGCUUUCCAGGGCAUUGGAGGACGUCGAAAAUCUCAAGGCACAGCGUUCGCAAGUGGAUAUGGCUAUCCAACACAAGGACGUAGUCAACCACCAAUUGGCAGCAAUUAUCGACAAUCGGCAACUGGAUCUUGACCUCAAGCAGAAGGAGAAUACAAGAUUGACCGCACAACUGAUCGAUACUCGGGCCAAACUCGUACAGGCUAUGGAUUUCGUUGGCCAGUAUUACCCUGUCCUGGAGCCGGAAGUCUUGAAGAGGAAAGCACUUCACGAACAACAGCAGCAGCAGCUUCAACAACAUCAACAACAACAACAACAACAACAACAGCCGCAGCAACAACAACAUCUACAGCAACAACAACAACAACAGCUGCAGCAACAACAACAUCUGCAGCAACAACAACACCACCAGCAGCAGCAACAACAGCGUUUGCAGCAACAACAACAUCUGCAGCAGCAGCAACAACAACACCAGCAGCAGCAGCAACAGCAAGGAUUCCCGCGUCCGGCUGUACCAGUACAAAUGCUGAACGGACCGGUGGGACAUUUCAGCCAAGGUCCUUCGACAUCACCAGUGUCGCCUUCAUCACACCAUCCAGCACACAUGCCCUCCCAAUCUUUAACAGGGGUUGCUUCUCCGAUACAUCAAGGACACCCACACCAGCCUUUGAGCGUUCCACCAUUGAAAGAGCCAUCAACACCUGCCUCAUCGACAUCCCAAAUGCCUCCAGCUCAAUUGGGGAUUGUUGGCCCGACAGUGACUGCUCCACCGGUAUUUCCUUCAACAGGCAGCAGUCGUGUAUCGACGGCAAGCUUACUCCAGCAAGUCAAGAGCCAAAUUGAGGUCAAUUCCACCCAGAGACAGGGCCAGGACCGGAAAUUUCAGGACUUGAAGCGGCAAGCAGCGGUCGUUUGGCGGGAAAAGAACCAGAAACAGGCAUCACAGCAAAUUCAAUCCGAAACUGUUGUGCUAGGCGCACCGCAGUAUCCGAGCCAGCAACCCGUGCCGCCUGUGACUCAACAACAUCAGCUUCAGUUGCAGCACCUUCAACAACAGCGCCCUCAACACCAGCAACAAAACCCUCAACAACAGCAGCUACUGGUGCAGCGGCGCCCGCAAGAGCAGCCGAUGCUACGAGAAUACCAACAGCAGCAAAUACUCCGGCUUAUAAGCGCAUCGACCUCACAGGACCAGGGCAUCGGGCCGACUUCGUCACAGCAGCUUCCAGAACCGCAGCACCCACAGUCAUGGGGUAUUAGGUCAAAGCAGGACUCAACAUCUGGAGCAUCGAAUGCGGACCCAGUUCUCGGAAACACAGUCUCUUCGGCGGAGCCAGUAUCCCGACCGAUGUCUAACUCGACUACUCAUUCUUCAACACCUGUAAUGGCUACAAUCGAUCCGGCACCACUCUUAUCAGCAUCAACAACACCACCUGCAGAACCAAGGUCCCUCUCAACACCAGUAUUAGCUGACAAGACGGGACCAAUAGCAUUGGAGUCAAAGUCAACAUCGACAUCUACGGAGCCCAUGGAACCUACCGAAUCCACGGAGCCUGCAGAACCAGGGUCCCUCUCAACACGAGUAUUAGUUGAAGAGACGGGACCAAUAGCAUUGGAGUCGAAGUCAACGUCGACAUCUACGGAGCCCACGGAACCUACCGAGUCCACAGAAACUGUAGAACCCAUGAAACCUACGACACUCACCGCAGGAUCGACCAAAAGUGCCACCGCGUCACCAUCGCCAUCACCAUCGCCAUCGCCUUCACCUGAACCCAUAGCUGCACCAAUAGCGGCUACGUUAGUGUCAGAAGCUGUAGCUGAACCAACGACAGCCGAGUCAUCGACGACGGCAGCACUACCGGAGCUGCCAUUUCACUCAACAAAAUUGCCCUUUUCCGGCAUGAUCAGCCAGUCACCGUCAGAGCAACUCACACAACCGACUCAAGGACUGACCGGCAACAAGAAGAGGAGCUAUGAGUCUGCAAUCCUGCUGGAGGAAACGGAUGACGAAGACGAGCACAUCAACACCGACGCCGACAAAGGACAUGACUACGACGAGGGGUUCUCUCAGCCCACACCUGUCGACUUUGACUUUGACCAUGACUGGGCAUCACCACCACCGCCACCCCACAAGCGGUUGCAGACACCCGCCGAUAAGUUCAAGCUUGAGCCUGGGAAGUGGUAUAUGUCCUCUGUCCAGAUCCCAGCGUUUUCUCCGUCGCGCUCCAGUCCUGUUAUUGACAACGUGACCCGUCAGCGGCGCCGAAUAAUUAUCGAUGACGAAAGCGACGACAAUGAAGACGUGUUUGUUGAUGUUGACGACUCCUUCGGAAGCACCGGCAAUGGAGUCCUGUCCUCGUCGUCACUAUCACUCUCAAAGGCGAAGUCCACUGUGAAGGAAAUCCACCACACAGAUUAG